GAUUUGACAAGUCCAGGUGGUGGGGAUGAUGUAGCUGGUGAUUUGGGUACAAGGGGAAUUGGGGUUUCUGUUGGUGAAGCAUCAUCAAAUGACAGAUUGGAGACGGAGGUUGAAGGGCCUGUUGCGGAGGAGAGCGUGGAGAAAAAUAAGGAGGUGGUUGGAGGUGAGGCUGAGGGUGAUGUAGCUGAUGAAAAACCUUCAAGAAAAGUUGAUUCUGUGAAUCAUGAGGUUCAAAAUUUGGGAAUUGGAACUGGGGUUGAAGAGUUUAAGGCAAUUAUGAGUUUAACAGGUGGAGAAACCCAAAUCCCUCACAUGGAGGAGACAGUGGCGGGUGCUGGGGAAGAGGACCUGGAGAGAGGACUUCUUGGGGAUAAUGUUGAGAGAGGUAGUGGAAUGGUUGGUACUGCAGGAAGUGAAGCACAGGGCAAAGGAGCCGAAAACGGGGUAGAAUCUUCUGCAGUGGUGUCUGGUACUUUGGAGAGAGAAACACAAGUUGUGGUGGAAGUUGUUACAGAGAAUAAAAAUUAUUUAGGAAAAGAAUUGGAUAAGAAUGCUAGGCAAGAUAGUGAAUCGAACGGUGCUAGAGAUGAUGCACAUCAAGUUGUGGAGACGCAGAGAUUGGGGGUUUUGGAUGAUGAAAUAUGGAAUCCUGGUAUUGAAACUGCAGAUGCAGGUUUUGCUGCAAUCUUGGAAGAGUCCAGUGCACCUGCCCAGGUUGUUGAGGAGGAUGCAGUGGUGGUUAGUGAAGAGGCUUUGGAUUCCCAAAAAAAUACUACUAGUAGCCCGGCUGUAGAGGGUAUUUCUUCUAGUUCAGAAGAAAAACAAAUUCCAAUGGCCGAGACAGAUGAUGGAGGAACUGGAAAAGAUGCUAUUGUUAAUGCUAACCCUAAUUCCCUGGAUGAACAAGUUCCAGUUGCUGUUAGGGGGGAAGUUUCAGCGACGGAUCAAGGGGAAUAUAUGUGUACCACCAUGGAAGAUUCAACAUCCUCUUUUCAGCCAACCCAGGUGGUUGGAGGUGAAGACGUGGCAAUGGCCAGAAAGGUGCAUCCUAAUUUUGAGGAAGCCCAACAGUUGAAGCUGGAAGAGAAUUUAGAUCAGGGAACUGCUCUUGUUGGUUCAAAUAUAGAACAAAUGAAUGGAAUUGAAAAACAAGUUGGUAAUGCUAAAUUGGAUGGGAUGUUAUCUUGCUCUGGAAAUAUUCAGAACAAUAAGGAUGAGACACUGUGCACGGGCAGUGAAUUAGAUACCCAAGUCUCUGGCAGAGAGAACAAAAUUUCUUCCAUGGACAAUAAGGAGGCUUUAAAUGAUGCCAAACCAGAUAAUUCAGAUGGAAGGAAAGAGAUAUUAAUUCAAAAACAUCUGACAGAGGUUGUGACGGAUGGUGGUAGCGCUGAAAAUCAAAGAAAUGCAUGUUUGGAUUCAACAUCUACAGUACAAACAGCACUUGAGGUUGUUAGUGGUGAGGCUAUGACUGUGGAUGACAGUCCAAAAUAUGCGAAUGUGGAAGUUCCACGUCUGCGCUCUUCUGAUGUUGAUGCUACUCUAUCCUGCUCAGGAAAUGAGCAGAGCUUUAAUGCCGAGGUAGUUUGUGGAAGUACAGAAAUGGAUAUCCAAGUCAUGAAUGGGGGUGAAGUUGCUCCAAAGGACAGUAAACAAGUUCUGGAUUCCAAUGUUGGAGGUCUGGAGCCCGCUGAUUUUUAUGAAGUUGAUUCAACUGCAGGGCAAGAAAUGCAAGUUGAAGAACAAGUUAUUGAUGCCGAGCAGGUUGAUUUGCAUGGAGCAGAGGAAAUGGAAGUUGAAGAACCAGAUAGUGAACAGGGUGCUAUACAUGGAGCAGAGGAGAAAUUUGUUAAACGGACAACUGUGAAGGCUGGAAACUUAGUGAAAUCCCAUCAAGCUAGUUAUCAGUUGUCCCUAGAGGAUAAAGGAGAGUUUGAUGUGUUUGAUUUGGUCUGGGGUAAAGUGAGGAGCCAUCCAUGGUGGCCUGGACAGAUUUUUGAUCCUUCUGAUGCAUCUGAGAAGGCGAUGAAGUAUUAUAAGAAGGACUGUUUUCUGGUAGCAUAUUUUGGGGAUCGAACAUUUGCUUGGGUUGAUGCAUCUCAGCUAAAGCCCUUCUAUUCACAUUUCUCCCAGGUAGAGAAGCAGAGCAAUGCAGAAGUAUUUCAGAAUGCUGUCAAUUGUACUCUAGAAGAAGUCUCCAGACGUGUGGAGUUGGAGCUAGCUUGCUCUUGCAUACCAAAGGAUGCUUAUGAUGAUAUCAGAUUGCAAAUUGUUGAGAAUGCUGGAAUCCGACAAGAGUCGAGUGUGAGAGAUGGGGUAAAUGAAUUUGCUGGUGUUCAAUCUUUUCAACCUGAUAAAUUAGUUGAAUAUAUGACAGCAUUAGCACAGUCUCCAUCUUCUGGGGCUGACCGACUUGAGCUUGUGGUAUCUAAGGCUCAGUUGUUGUCCUUCUAUCGUUUAAAGGGGUAUUAUCAGCUACCUGAAUUCCAAUUUUGUGGAGGUUUGGUAGAAAACGGUGUGGAUGCUUUUCACUUUGAGGACAAGAUGGAUGCAACUACUUUUAGUAAGGAUGAUGAGCUUAUUCACUCUGGCCAGGAGAUUUCUGGAACUCAAAGAAGCUCAUAUCAUAAGCGUAAACACAAUUUGAAGGAUAGCAUAUACCCUAGAAAGGAGAGAAGCUUGUCUGAGUUGAUGAGUGGUUCAUUUGAUUCUCUAGAUGACGAUGAAUUCGGUACUAGCAAGGUGGUUUCACCAUCUUCUGGAAAGAGGCGGAAGGUGGUUGAUUCUACUGGUGAUGACUCAUUGCAAGAUGUGAGAAAAACUAUUUCCCUUGCAAAAGUAUCUGCCACCCAAUCUCACGUUCCUAAACCAUCCUUCAAAAUAGGUGAAUGCAUACGUAGAGUUGCUAGCCAAAUGACCGGGUCUCCAUCUAUCCUGAAGAGUAAUAGUGAGAGGUUGCAGAAAUUUGAUGGAGAUGGAGCGGAUGUUUCAUUUGAGAAUUUUGAGGAUGCAGAAGGAAAGAAAAGGAUUCUUCCUGCAGAUUAUUCGUCACUAGAUGAUUUGCUAUCUCAACUUCAUUUGGCAGCACGAGAUCCCAUGAAAGGAUACAGUUUUCUGAAUACUAUUACUGGUUUCUUCUCUGAUUUCAGGAAUUCAAUAAUUUUAAGCCGGCCUGUGGAUAAAGCAGGUGGUAAAAGGAAAAAAUCUUCUCACUCGAUUAUUGGGUCUCCAGAAACUUUUGAAUUUGAGGAUAUGAGUGACACUUAUUGGACAGACAGGGUAAUCCAAAAUGGUGCUGAAGAGCAACCAUCAAGUAGAAAUGGCAGAGGAUAUCAAAUUGUUCCUGUUGAACUGGGGAAACCUGCUCAAAAGAGUCGUAGAUUAUCUUCUAGGAAGCAACAUUCUGUUGCCAAUCAGGAUCUGGCCCCUCCAAAACCGCCUGGCUAUGUCGAUGAGAAUUCACCUGCAGAACUUAUAUUGAACUUCCCUGAGGUAGACUGCAUUCCUUCAGAGACAAACCUGAAUAAGAUAUUUAGGCGCUUUGGACCAUUGAAGGAAUCUGAGACAGAAAUUGAUGAGGAAACUAGCCGUGCCAGAGUGGUUUUUAGGAAAUGUUCUGAUGCAGAAGUUGCUUCCAGUAGUGCUGCCAAGUUUAAUAUCUUUGGAUCAAUGGUUGUAAAUUAUCAGAUCAGCUAUAUUGUAUCUGUACCAUUUAAAACUUCACCCAUUGUCACAACCUUAGGUGAGGAAUAUGCAACGUGAUGUCCAAACGUGCAAUUUGAGUUUUGAUGUGAACUUCAGGAAAGAGCCGACCCUAAAGGAUAUAGGCGGAAACAGUGCUGAUGAUAACAAUGCUAAAUGGCAUAUGCUGAUUAAACUGGCCGCUAGAGAAGGUAACCAGACUCUUAGUUCAUCUAGUUAUCCGCUAUUUCUACGCUCGGGAUUUGUCUUUUGUUGAGUUAAACUCAGAUUCCUGAUGUUAUGUCGUUAGAAAUCGGUCAGUGUAAUAUAUUAACUAUGCUGUUCUUGAGGAUUAAAGAUUCCAUUGCAAAUCAUAUUGCAUAUCUAUCAUUUUCUGCUUGA